CUCGGUGCGCGCUGUUCCUCCUCCUCCUCCUCCUCCUCCUCCUCGCGGCAUGUGGCUCGGCGGUGCUGGUGGCUAUGACAAUAGUUAUGGUGGUAGCGGAUAUACACAAUCACCUGGAGGGUUUGCAUCACCUUCAGCAACCCAAGGUGAAAGAAAAUCGAGAUCAAGAUCACAAAAUAUUGUUCCCUGUACAGUGUCCCAGUUACUUUCGGCUGAACAGGUAGAUGAUGCUUUCAGGGUCCGAGAUGUUGAGCUUUCACAGGUCAUUGUUGUUGGCAUAAUCAGGCAUGCAGAAAAAGCACCAACAAACAUUCUCUACAAAGUUGAUGACAUGACUGCAGCCCCGAUGGAUGUCAGGCAGUGGGUUGACGCAGAUGAGGCAGGUAGUGAGAAUGUUGUGGUGCCUCCUGGAACGUAUGUGAAAGUUCUAGGCCACCUGCGAUCUUUCCAGAACAAGAAGAGCCUGGUUGCAUUCAGGAUCCUGCCACUUGAAGAUAUGAAUGAAUUUACCACGCACAUGCUUGAAGUCGUAAAUGCCCAUAUGAUCCUCAGAAAAGGCAAUAUGCCCAUGUCAAUGAAGAUGCCGCAACCACUUGGCUUGAUGGGGAUGGGCAACACGUCAAGUUAUGGAGGAAAUGGCGCCUUGCCAGUGAGUGGGCUCACAGCACACCAGACUCAGAUUCUGAAUUUGAUUAAAAGCUCCGCAUCUGCUGAGGGGAUAAGUCUUCAGGAUCUGCAGUCCCAGUUGCGUAGUAUUAAUCUGCCAACACUGAAGAAAGCUGUUGAAUUUCUUAGCAGCGAGGGACAUAUCUAUUCCACUAUUGAUGAUGAGCACUUUAAAUCUACAGAUGCCGAUUAAUGCUUUGUUUAGAUAUAAUACCUUGGUCUAGUAAAUGAUUAGACCAAGAUAAUCAUAUCUGAACUGAGUUGAAGUGUCCUUUGAAUUUGACUGUUAUGGAAUGAGUGGUUUCUGCCCAGAUCAACCAUCAGAUUAUAAUGCAGAA